AUGCUGUCCGUUGCCGAUAUGACUGGCACUGUGGCGGCCAGACAACGGCCACAGAGUGUUGACGGACCCCGAAUGGACGCAAACGGCAAGCAGUUUAUCUCGUGCACACGCUGCCGCUCCCGUAAGGUGAAGUGCACCGGUGAACGCCCCGUCUGCACCAAUUGCGCAAAGAAAGGCUUUGGCUGCCAUUACGACGCUGCUGUCCGCCGACGCGGUCCCGACAAGGAGCCGGGUGGAAGGCUGAAACCCCGUGGAACCUUUGUGAACCGAUUUGCCCACGUUCCUCCCGAUGGCACUUUCCCCAUGAGGGUGCCCACAGUCCAGUUUGUCGAGCUUAUGACUCCCCGCCAGCGUGUGGAGCUUGAGCAACGCGCCAGGAUUGCAGAGCUGCACCAACGUGGAAAUGCUUCGCCAGGCCAAUCGGCGGAGCCGCCUGAAAGCUGGUGGAAUCUACUCUUCGAAUAUCUUCCUGUUGACAGCGUUAUUGAGCAUUGCAAGAUGUUUCUGAGUGACUCCAACCUCUGGCACAACUUCUUCCACCGUUCACUCUUCUUCAAAGAAUUCUUCAGUAAAUCGCUAGCCCCGCACAUUGUGUUUGCCAUCCUCGCACACACGACGUUCCUGCAAGCCGGAAAAACGCGGACGGGCCAAGUCCGUGCACUCCAGUUCGCCGAAGAAGCGCGCAAAAUGCUCGACCACUGCCUCGAGUCUGGCCCCAAAGAACCAAACUUGGCCCAAACGGCCUUGCUUCUCGUCGCAUUCGAGUUCCAGCCACACAUUCAUCAAAACAUCGCCCGUGCGACUGCUGCUCUGAGUUACAUGGAAACUUGUGCUCAAGCGUGCUUGAACAGCUGGCCUCGUCACCUCAAGAUGCCCCUGGGCCAGGUUGUCAACGACUCACAGAAUGCUAGGUCGACGUCAAUUACUGCCAUUCGCCAGGAAGAACUCCGUCGUAUGAGCUGGACCCUCAGCCAGUUGGCGACCAGUUCAACCAUCUGGCGUCUACUGGGCGACAAGUCUGUCAUCAACUUGGCGUCUGCGGACCCUACUCGCGUAAGCUGCCACUCCCUUUUCACCACUGACACCCAGUUCAACCGUUUAUUGCCGCUGGACAAGGGCAGCCAACACGACGACCCCAGUGACCACACCAGCUGGCUGUUGUACUACCGAGCCGUUUGUCUUUGGCAUGUUGCUCUCAACAACGACCUUGACGAACGAGAGCGGGCUGCAGUCUCCGAACAAGCUCGAGCGGUUGAGACUGCCGCCGAAGUGUCCACCAGCUCUGCUGCCCGCAACUACAACUGGCAAGCUGCAGAGUGGGCCGUAGCUGUAAGGGGAUACCUCGGUGACCUCGAUGCCAACGACAUGAAGACCUGGUUUGUCGCGCAAGAGAAUGCCCUUGUCAAUUUCACCAACCGGGGCGACUCGCAAGGCCACAUCCAGCGGCCGUCUUACUCGUGGUGGUUCUUGAUGGUGGCAUAUACAGCCAUCAAAUUCUUUAAACAUGCUCCCGAGUUCGCCCCCGAAACCGAUUCCAUCCUGUUUUACGUGUUCACGGGGUUGGAGGACACGAUUGCCGCAUGGCCUUGCUCAACCUUGGAGUAUCACUACCAGGUUCUUCGUAGUCGGUACGCGACUCUCAAGAACAGCAUCGCCCCCUAG